AGGGGCUUGCAAAUGACGUACGCGGACGUCACCCGCACAAAGGCGCUGUCGCUUCAUCCGCCUCUACUCGGGUGCCGGGAAUUGAACGUCUGUUCGGCGCCCGCGGAACGCGUUUAAACGUCUUGCGCGUAUCCGCGAUAAAACUGCUGACUUUUCGUUAAUAUUUAACUCUUGCGUAUUUGUUUCACUUUAAAAACGACGUCUUGGUCCGUUCGGAUCACGCCCUCGGCAACAAACCACAAUGUCGGGGUGCCGCGUGCUCGGCACAGAUGAGCCGCCCAGCGCGGGCGUGGGGCCCGGCGAGGCGCCGCCUGCACGUCCUGUCGUGCCAGACUGCGCCAUCUGCCUGCAACCCUGCGUGCACCCAGCACGCCUACCAUGUCGCCACGUCUUCUGCUUCCUGUGCGCCAAAGGAGUCGCGCUGCAGAGCCGCAGGUGUGCCCUAUGCCGCAGCGAGAUUCCACCCGACUUCCUGGAACGGCCCACACUGCUGUGCUCCACUUCAGACGGCCAGCCGCUGGCGCAGCAGCAGCAGCGGAGACCAUCGGCCUCGAUGGGCGUGGCUGGAGGUGCUUCUGAAGGUGUGCCGCUUAAGCCGCGCACCGCCAAUGCCUGGUACUACGAGGGCCGCAACGGCUGGUGGCAGUACGACGAGCGCACAAGCGCGGAGCUGGAGGAAGCGUUCGCGCGUGGCAGCACCACAAUGGAAAUGCUCAUCGCUGGCUACCUUUACGUGGCGGACCUGGAGGCCAUGGUGCAGUACCGCCGCAGCGAGCCAUCUCGUCGCCGCAAAAUGAAACGUGACCUGCUGAGUGCACCCAAGAAGGGCGUUGCAGGCCUGCGCUUGGAUCUUACGGCGCCGGCGGUGUCACCUGCACAUGCUUCUGGCGUGGACGGCGUUGACCGGGCAGUCGCUGGCACCAGCUCUGGGUCUGGAUCUGUUGUGGCAGGUGGAUUUUCCAUGCUGUCGAGCGCUGCUUCCGUUAUAUCAAGUGGUCUUUCGGCAGCACUGGGAGUCUCGUCAGCUGCCUUUGGUGGCUCGGUUGCUUCAGGUGGACUUUUGGCUUCUGCAGGACCAUCUACCAUCACUGUGGCCUCCCCUAGUUCUCCAGUAAGUAGUGUGGCUACAUCUUCUACUCUUUCUGUGGACCCUCUGCCAGACUCCGGAGCCACGUCCUCCUUUCCAUCAAGGCCUGCGACCUUUGCCCCCCAGCACCAGAUGAGGGCUGUUGUCGGUCCUCCAAGCCCAGCUGAUAGCGAUGACAGCUCUGACAGGGACGAUGAGGAACAGGAUUACGAAGACAACGAAGGAGCGGCGUCCAUUUCUCGGCAACUCGCAGGAAUGCGUCUUGGCCGUUCAGGGCAGAUAUCGUUGGCUGGUGAGGGUGGAGGCAGCAGCAGAGCCGUCUACGCUGCCCCACAUUUGGCUGCGGAUGAAGAUGGUUCGAGGUUGUUGGGGCGGCGCCGUCGCACCAACAUGCCUCCUCCACCACCACCUCACCGCCAGCCGGCUUUGCUGCCAGAUUCAUUAGCAGCACGCCAGGAUUCUGGGACAGGCCGCCUCCCACUAAGAGCCUCAGAACGGCUGAUCGCACGGCAACAUGGUGCUCAUGGAGGGGCCGAGAGCAGCAGCGGAGGUGGCGGUACUGGAGGAGCAGUGAUAGACACAGCGGAAGCACAGCAGCAGUCUGCUGCACCACGCAGUGCCACACUGCAUGUGCGGUCUCGUGAUGGGCGGCCUGAUGGCCAGUACACAGUCACUGACGUGGUGAACUCGGCGAUACUGCUGCUGCUGUACAUGUGGGUGCUUGGCGAGCCUCUCGGGACUCAGCGUGGGGCGAGGGCAGCCUCCUCUUAUCGCCGGGUGCGCGGUGGCCUCUGCACCUACACCUUCGUCAUCCCGCCCGACCUCUCUGCGUGCGCAUCCCUGGCACAGUCUAUGAGAGACGCUGAUCCGGAUGAAGAAGACUCGGACCGGAUUCACAACAAGGACAGGACUCGCAGCCCCGAUCGGAAGGGAGAUCUGGAAGCGGCGUCGCCUGUGGAUGGGGAUGUGUCAAAGAAGGACCUGGACGAGACCAGCGAGAGGAUACAGCAGCUGGAGUCAGCUCUGGGCAACGCCACGCUGCGUCUCCACAAGCUGGAGAGCGCGGUGCGAGAGGCGGGCGGUGCGCGUGGGCACUCUGGCAUCACUCGUUCCCUCCAGAAGAAGGUUCUAGAACAGGCACGGAACAUUCAGACCCUUCAGCACAGCAACAGGCACUUGGAGAGGAAGGUUACGGAGCUGGAGAGUAGGCGUGAAGUGACUCGGAGGAAAAUCUUGAACCGGCAGCCUUAUACAUCAACGACCACGAAUGACGAUGAUGGAGAUGAUGAUGACGAUGAGGAUGAUGAGGAUGACAAUGAUGAUGAUGAUGAAGAAGAUGACGAUGCUCAUGAUGAUGAUGAUGAUAAGAACAAUGAAGUAUCCAUACGCCACCAGUCCAGUGAUGAAGCUCAGCCCAAGAACCGCCUCUUGCAUGGAGGAAAAUCUCAACACAACACAACAGCUGUCCAGGGUCGAGCAAGAGGUGCCCAGGUUACCAGGGAACUUAGAGGGGCCACGGCAUCUGCCGAGACCGGACGUGACACCACAGCCGCUGGUGUCCCUGCAGGACCUGGUGGGCCCUAUCAGGACUGUGCCGAGAUCUACCGCAGUGGGCAGACGAGGAGUGGCAUAUACGUGCUUCACGUGUUCAACACUUCACACACGCUCAAGGUGUACUGCGACAUGCAGACGGAGGGCGGUGGCUGGACGGUCUUUCAGCGCCGUGAAGAUGGACAUAUCAACUUCAACCGCCCCUGGCAGGACUACAAAUUGGGCUUCGGGAGUGCGGACAGAGAGUACUGGCUGGGCAACGAGGCGGUCCACGUGCUGACAUCCAGGCGACCCCAAGCGCUCCGCAUCCUCCUCUGGGACUGGGACGAGAACCAGGCGUACGCCUCCUACGCUCGCUUCACCCUGAGAGGGGAGGCUGCUCGAUACAGGUUGCUGGUCAGUGGGUUCUCUGGUACAGCCGGCCGCUACAGCAGCUUGGCGCAGUCGGGUGCCGAGUUCAGUACCCGCGACCAGGAUCACGACCGCUGCCAGUGCAAAUGUGCCCAGCUGAGCUCAGGGGGCUGGUGGUUUGAGGCAUGUGGGCCCUCCAACCUCAACGGGCAGUUCUUCCCAAAGGGCUCCCACUACGGCCACUUUAACGGAAUCAAGUGGCACUACUGGCGUGGAGCCAGCUACUCUCUCAAAGCCUCCACCAUGAUGAUUCGUCCCGCCGACUUCUGACGGUGCACGGCGGAUGCACACACGCGCGACAUGUCCAUCACGAUGACCGUCGGCAACACAAAUGCACGUCCGUCAGGGGUGUAAAAAUUAUUCGUACCGUUAUGAGUCAGCGAAUUGUUGCUAUUGAAGAAAUUAUCUUUUUUUUUUACCCUGAGCUGUGCAGCUCUCUGAUGUAUUUUAGGGUUGGUACCGCGAAUUGUUCGGCAUGUCGUCCGAUGUUCCCCUCCCCGUGCCGCAUGGGAGCUUCUUUCGGGAACCGAAUUCGCUCCACGAUGUUUGGGGGCUACUUCAGGGACUGCAUUCAGAAGAAGCUCACCGGCACGCGGAGUGAAAGGGGAACGUCAAGCCGAGCAGCAUGCGAUUCAACCUGAAGGUUCAUUAGAGCUUUUUUUUUUAAUUUGCCAGGUAAAUAUCACUGGACUAUGAGCUCUUUUUUUUUUACAGGCGGCCAUCAAAGUGGCUGAUAUCAAUCAUCAGCAUGAGGGAAUUUAGAGUCGCAGCCCAAUAAUCUAAACGCAUAUUUCUAAAUCUGGUGGGCAAAACCGAAGGACCCUGAAAAAAAUCCACGCGUCCACAGGGAGAGAACUUACGGUGCUCUACGGCGCAACUGCAAAAAAACCUAAGCAGUAUUACUGUAGCGAAUAUAGCUACCAGUAUUGUAGGGGCCACGUGACUUCAUUACAAGCAACAUAAGCACAUGUACAGCCCUCGUUAGUUCACUGCUGGAUGAGGUUCUUUCCACACCGUCCAGGUCACGAGUGAUUUAUUUGACCAUACUUCACCACGCUAGUCAACAUGGGUUUGUGAGGGCAGGGGCGCGUGGAAGUACAGGAUAAUACCCACUGCUGCCCACGAUCUAGUCCAUGUAUAUUCAUAAAUGCAACAUAUACCAAUUGAAAAUAUACACAUGCGAUUCAAUCCUUAUGGCUUGAGAUUGAGAAUCGACAUUAACCGUUCAAUCGGGAGCAUUGCUGCACCCUGAAUACUUUGCACCCCCAAUUCAUUCUCCAUGAAAACCCGUGGCAUGACUCGAAACAAUGAUGUGUGUAACGCACUGAUGUUUGGUGGGCUCAACUACGUUUUAUGUUAGCGCUUACAUUUUAACUACCUUAUUUGUACAAUACGUUACCGAAAGUACAUAAAACGUAUGCCGUAAUAGACAAUAGUAAUGUUGGACAUGAUGUCGGUGUUAUUGAUAUUGGAGUAGAGAUGCAGUAAAUGACAGCGCUAAUUUUUGCCGGAGGAAAUCUCUUAAUAUUGUAAUGCCAGUGGUGGACAUGUGGAUUAAAAUGAUUUUGAUGAUGGUGCUCUAUUCGUCUUCGGGAAAGCACAAAGAACCGUCAGAUCGUCCAUUGUAGUGGUGUAAUGAACCGUUAUAGCGAUGUGUAUUCAACCGUUUGAACGAUGCACCGCACACAUGACCACGGGCGCAAAGGAAUUGCGACAGUGAUGGGUGACAUCAGACUUUAUGCUCAUCGCCAAGUGUCGCUAGCCCUCACUGGCUUUUCUCUGCGCUGUAAUACGGCAUCACCAAUUCGCACCUCAACCACUUGAGGCAAGUCUGAGUCCAAUGGGAAACCAAUGUCACGAAUGCAACAGCAGUAGUUGCUUACAUCAGAUGUGGAAAUGGCCUACAAGAAAAGUGGUCUAUUCCAACGGCUGGCGUAAUUGUUUUAAUUCCGCACAUCGCACCAUUUAUAUUUUCCUCGUACGGCUGAUGUUCAUGGAGAGCAACAACGAUCAUUUUACGAUUGGUUGAGCCAGAUAAAUGUGUCAGUAGUGGAGUGUACCACACCGAUGCCUCCUUCGUAUUUGUGAAUCGCGCAUUGAGUCGUUAUAUACUCCAUGUUACGUGCAACCAGUGGCACACUGGAGCGUUUUUUUAUUUUCCAUUCGUGCAUCAGCUAUCCGCAUCUGCCAUGGUCUGUGCGGAUGCGGUUUGUUUGCCCCAAAAGCAUUAGUAUUACAAAUAGGAAUGGAAUUAAGACAGUUCCAGGUAUAAAACACAUGUAGUGUAAUAGAACAGUCCAAUAGAAUAUUGUUACAAUAGCUGUGCUGAAAUCGUAUGAUUUUUGUUCACGUGCUGUUAGUCCUCUUUUAACGCAUCAUGCCCACCGUGGGUGAACUGCUAUUGAUGUCACCAAUAGGAAAUUAUCUGAAUGUUUACACAUUAAACUAAACAUGUUUUUUGGGGGUUGUGCGCUGAAUUCAAGCAUUGAGAGGGAUUAUCGGACUGCAGUCACCUAAAAACAGGAAAAUACCAUAUAAACUAAACAUUUUGUAAAAUGGGGCCGACAAUUGACUACACGGCAUACCAAUUUGCAAAAACCUACCGUGGUGGUGCCGCAUUAAUCAUACAAAUGGCUAAAAAUCAGUGGCUCAGCAAAAGUGAGUAGCUCACAAAUCUGAAGGUUGCAAAUUCAAUCCUGGUUGAGGCUUGACACAGCCCAUCAUCCCUCUGGUGUCAAUAAAAUGUAUACCAUUCAAUCCUCAUUUGACGCUUUCGUGACUGCAGGAAUCCAUACGCUUUGGUUCUUUCGGUAAAGUCACGUAGGUAUAAAAUAAAUCACGUUUCGGGCGCAACACAAGCGUCCGUUAUCAGGUGGGAAAGCAAUGGUCUGCUGCUGAAGCAGACUGUUUCAGCUGCGGCAGACUGUUUCAGCUUCCUCAGCAGCAAACCACACUUUCCCACCUGAUGACGGACUAUUGUGUUGCGCCCGAAACGUCGUGAUUUAUUUUAUACCUCCGUGACUUUACCGAAAGAACCAAAGAGUAUAAUUUAUACCAUUUUAUGGAUAUACUCGCCCAUGCAACAGGAACAUGGAAUUUCCACCACUGGUUCAGGGCUGGCAAUAAAUGAGAACUGCUUCAAUGCUCAGUUGAGCAAUAA